AUGCAAGAUCUGUGGCUAGAUAGAGUGUCAUGGGAUGAACAAUUGUCACCAUCACUCAUUCACAAAUGGACUGGAUACCGCGAGGAUCUUCGAAACAUCGAAUCCAUCCGCAUUCCACGCUGGAAUAAUAUAGCACCUGGAGCAACUAUGGAAUUGCACGGGUUCUCAGACGCUUCGCAAAACGCUAUGGCUGCCGCUGUUUAUUUGAGAGUCACUGACGCUGAUGGGAACACAAAGGUCUCACUUUUGUGUUCAAAAACGCAAGUAGCACCGCUGAAGACCAUGACAAUCCCACGCUUGGAAUUAUCUGCCGCAUGGUUGCUAACACAACUGAUACUUCAUGUUAAAGAAGUUCAGUCGCUUGAAAAUGUCAGGAUCAAUCUCUGGACUGACUCCGCCGUGACUCUCGCAUGGAUUAAAAGUCCAGCAAUCCGCUGGAAGACAUUCGUCCGCAAUAGAGUGGGAAAAAUCCAAGAAACGCUUCGAGAUGUCUCCUGGAAAUUUAUUCCAGGAAAACAAAACCCGCUGACUGCGCUUCAAGAGCUGUUUCCACUGCUACGGAAGCUUAGCAUCUGGCAUCGUGCCAUCGACCGCUUUAAAAGAGUUCCACAAUCUUCGCUGGCCUACCCGCUUACUCCAUCAGACCUGGAGCGCGCUAAAUUGACCUUGAUUAAGUUCACUCAAGGACAAUACUUCGCUAGAGAGAUUCACACGCUACAAGAUGGUGAUGAUCUGCCUAAAAAUAACAGCAUCACUAAGCUGACUCCGUUCAUCGACCAUCAGGGGGUCCUGAGAGUCGGUGGCCGCUUGAAAAACGCAUUGUUGGACCCAGAAGAGAGGCAUCCAGCGAUUCUACCGCGACAAUCACCGCUUACAUCAAUUUUGAUUGAUGAUUCGCACCGCAAAACGCUUCACGGAGGUACUCAGCUUACGCUCGCUGACUUACGCAAGAGUGUCUGGAUCAUUGGAGGCCGUGUUCCAGUCAGAUCAUUUAUUUUACGCUGCGUUAUCUGCACGAGACACCGUGGAGAACGCGCUCAACAGUUGAUGGGUCAACUACCCGCCGCACGAGUACAGCCAACUCGAGCCUUCUUGCAUACAGGACUCGACUACGCUGGACCUAUCACACUGAAAACGUUUCAAGGACGUGGAGCAAAAACAUACUAA